AUGGCUGCGCAGCGGCGGGUGGCGCCGCGCGGCCCCGACAGCGGCGGGGCGUAUCUCGGGGACCAUCACCACCGCCGCCGCCGCCGCCGCAGCGGUGCGGGGAGCGGCGCCCCGCGGGAGCCGCGGCGGAGGUGGCUGGCGGCGGCCGCGCUCCUCCUCCCCGCCGCGCUUCUCGGCGCCCUCCUGGGCUGGAGCUGCCUGCGUGCCGAGGAGGGCGUCGCCGAGGUGCUGGCUCGCCACCAGGAGCACCUGCGGGACAGGUUCGUCGAGGUGCCCUGCUCUGAGGACUAUGACCGCCACAGAAGAUACGAAGGGUGCACUCCUAGAAAGUGUGGAAGAGGCGUAACCGAUGCAGUGAUCACGAGGGAAGAAGCUGAAAGAAUCCGUAGAAUAGCAGAGAGGGGACUGUCCUUGGGAGGAUCUGAUGGAGGGGCUUCAAUUUUGGAUUUACACUCUGGAGCUCUUUCGCUGGGGAAGCAUUUUGUCAAUCUGUAUAGGUACUUUGGGGACAAAAUUCAUGACAUCUUCACAGAAGAGGAUUUUGCAUUAUAUCGUGAUGUAAGGCAGCGAAUUCAGCAGAGAAUUGCUCAGACGUUUGAUAUCAGCUCCUCUUCGCUGUACCUGACGAAGCCGACGUUCUUCUCAAGAAUAAAUAACACAGAAGCCAAAACAACGCAUGAUGAAUACUGGCACCCACACAUUGACAAGGUAACUUACGGCUCUUUUGAUUACACUUCGCUGCUUUAUCUCUCUGACUACGCUGAAGAUUUUGGUGGUGGACGGUUUGUGUUUAUGGAUGCAGGUUCCAACAAGACUAUUGAGCCCCGAGCAGGCCGGGUUUCCUUUUUCACCUCUGGAUCGGAGAACCUUCAUCGGGUGGAAAAGGUUCACUGGGGCACUCGCUAUGCCAUCACCAUCUCCUUCACUUGCAACCCAGACCAUGGCAUAGGGGAUCCAGUCUUGAUGUAAUUCUUCCUGGGAUGGAGCAUGAAGUCAAAUGGAAUAAGAGAAGCCCUGCAAGGGAAGGGGAAAAAUAUAGAUAACAUUCUGUUAAAACUCAUGUUCAUUUCGAAUUUCCCAGUUGGAUUAAUAUUUUGUAAUGCAUUUCGUUUUCAUCAUGUUGUUUUCUGUAAAUGUUGUGAACAAUGCCUUAAGGACCAUCUUAAAUUUGGUAUAUACUGUAAAUGUUCUGGCCUUUAUGUUCUAAGGGGAUAGGCUACCAACCAAGAAGAGUCCUGGGGUGCUUAUUUUUUUCUUUUUUAAUUCUUCUGUUUAAAAAAUACGAAACAUCUUUUGGACUGUGUCCUGAUAUGACUCCCCGUGCUGCUGUUAUUAACAGCUUCAGUCUCUUCCAUUACUAAUGGGAUAUAGAAAGUUUCACGGAAAUUAAUACAGCAGAUGAGCAUUAUUUUGCUGAACAUACUUUUUAUUGAGAGAGGAAUGUAUUCUCCUUGGCAUGGGCAUUAGUUGGCAAUACAGCUGUAGGUUGACUACUGGAACUUACUUGAACUGUUUUUUUGUUUGUUUUUUAAUUUUUAAGUAAAUUGCUAUAGAUUUUCUGCUACAGACAGGGAGUAGUUAAUACAAAAUCAGAAAUACAAUUCUUUGGUUAGCUGGAAAGCACAGAGCUCUUGAAUCACAAAUGUUGCAGUACACUCGGGAAUGGCACCGCAUUAGGUCCCUCUGAGCAGAAAACAGCAUUCUGAACUUGCCUUCCGUUUCUCUGCACCUGCUUAAUGAAAGUGGUUAUAGUCUCUUGGACCUUCAAUUUUAGUGCCCUAUGCACAAUGCAGGAUUUCACUGGGGUGCCCAUGAAGAGUCCUGAUUUCUCAGUACUGCUGUCUGUUGUUUCUGUGCCAUAGAGACCUUCAACUACUUUGGAUGCAGCUGGCCCUGUAGCUUUAGCAGCAUGGAGCUAAGCAGGCCCUGCCAGCUUCUCCUUUCUACAGAAGUUGUCCAAAUGCUCAGGCAGCUAGUCUGAGCUCCAUGCUGUGACAGCGGUACUACUGAUGCUGUCUAAACAAGUUAAUGUAUCCCUCUUGGAUUGCAGUAGUGGAAUUUUCAGAAGCUCUCAACAUUGGUAUGUUAUUUUCAUUGUAAUAUGAAGUCCACAGGGAGUCAAAUUAGGCAGUGCUGAAAACAAGCAAAAAGCCUUCUCUGUAACAAGGUUGACAAUCCCAUACUAUAGCUGAGAGCUCUUUGUGGCAAUGGCUUGGCCACACAAGCCUGUCUUUGGAGCAAAUAUAAAAGGGAGAGACAGACAGAGGUAGUCCAUCAGUCUUCUGGAUUCAUCUGAGUGAGUAAUUCCCAGCUAGGACAACAGGACUUGGGAGAGGACAUGGCUGAGAAGAAAGCUAAUUCCUUUGGUGGUUUUCCAUGGACCGGUUCUGGCCUUCUUAGACUGGAUCCUGUAAAUCCUGAUCCUGUGGAUUCUGCCUUGGAAGGCUGGGUAACAAAACCACCAGUGAAGGAGAUUGGUGUCCUCCUACAUUUUAGAUUGAAAUGGUACGGGGUUGGAGUUGUUAUACAUCCAUAUCUGGCUCAGAAACAGACACUUCAUAUUGAAGAUGGUAAAAUACUUUGGAAACAUGUUUAUUGGGCCUAAACUUAAGAUUAAAUUGAAGGAAGCUCUAAUUUUUGUUAAUUGUUUCCACAACUACAAAUCUUGUGGCAUGAAAUACUGUGUUUACCUUGUCCAGAGCAAUGUUUUAGCUGCUUCAGAAAGUUUCUCAGUAGGUCUUUUUGAACUUCUUGUUUAAUAUGAAGACUUUUUUCUAUUAACUGUGAUCAUUGGUCUGUGGUGUUAAUAGAAUAAUAAAUUCCAAGAACUUCAGAAAAGAGGCAUCACAUUGUAAUGCAGAUGAAGUAAUGAAAAAAAUGUGUAAUCUUGUGAACUACCUUCCUUUGUUAUUAUAGUCAAAGGUGUUUUGCAGAGCAGCACAUUGAUAAGUAAAUGGUAGGAAAAACUAUUUUUUUCCCUCAAAAUCUAAAGCAAACAUGUUGAUUCAGUUCACUAAUAAUCUGUAUCAUUUUUAAGACAAUUUUUGUUAAUCUGGAAGUCUGGUUUGAUUUUUCCUGUACACAAGUUUCAUCAUUAUUUUAAUCUACUUCUAAUGGAAAUACUAAAUAUUGGAGGAUUACACUGAAAAUCAGUAUAAAGAGGAGUGAUGACUGAAUACUUACAUCUUUUUUAUUGGUUGUAUUCUCAGCUGGCACACCAGCAAGAUUAGUUUUCUAUCAUUUCUUUUUUCUUUUUUUCUAUCAUUUCUUUCUUUUUCUUUUUUUUUUCUUUUUCUUUUUUUGUUUUUGUUUUUGUUCUCAAACCUGAAAGAGACUGAACACUUCCUUGUCCUUGCUAGCAAGGAAGAAUUGUUGCAAUGGCUGAAUGCUAGGAAAUAGUAAAGUUAGUUGGGCUGUGUAUCUAAAUACUUGCUUCAAAGACUGUUAAUUCAGUUUGCAUUACACUUCAGUUGGUCAUCUGUAUGAAGACAGAUCAACAUCACCAGCAACUGAUUUAUUGGAUUAAAACUCAGUUCCUGCAGUCCUCCUUGUCAGUUAAAUGCAUGGCCUUUUCCACAAAAAAGAUUUGAUAUUACUGGGAGCUAAAUACCUGGGGACCGUUAGAUCUGGAUUGUGAUUCUCCAGGUUGAGGUCCUCUGUUCUAAAAUUUCUCACUUCCCUGUAUGUCCUAUCACUGCUCUAUGACACUGUCAUGUAAAUGAAUAGUGUUUUGUCACUCUGGAAGUGUUUUUUAUUUCCUUCUGUCUAUCAGGCUGGCUUUGAGUUACACUAAAUGAAAAUGACACUUCUUUCAGCGCUGCCCUCCAUAAAAAUAUUGCUUUUCAAGAACAUUUUACAUCUUGGGGGGAAUCUCAGCUAGCCUCCUCUCAGGUUUUAAUCUUUCAGAAGUCCUGUGCAUUGUAGUAAUUUCAGAUCACGGUGCAUUUCUUCCCCGCUGUGAAUUGAGUGACAUUCAGAAAUAAAAUCAACUUGGUAUGUG